AUGGCAGCAGCCAUGGACCUCAGCGGCAGCUGGCAGCUUUAUUGGGAGGAAAACCUUGAAGGCCUCCUCGAAGCAAUGGGCGCCCCUCAAAUGGUGGUCAGGAUGCGUAAGAAGGUGAGGCCGCUGAUCGUCGUUGAGCAGAAAGGGAAAGAUUACACCUUCACGCUCAAGACCCCCAACUUCACCGUAACCAACUCACUCAGUGUCGGGAGGGAGUGUGAAAUGACGGCAAUGGACGGGAGGAAAAUGAAAUGCACUGUCCGAGAAGACAACGGGAAGCUGAUCACUGAGAGUGACAAGUUCACUUCAGUCCGGGAAAUACAAGGGGAGGACUUGGUUGAGACCAUCACAGCCGGCGCUGUCACUUACACCAGCAGAAGCAAACAAGUGUAA